AUGCUUAGACUUGGGGCACACUGGUCAAAAACGCUCGCACCCAAGUGGUCGAGACCACUUUCGCAGUCUACGCUAGCACAAUUGCGCAGAACCCGCCAGGUCCGGGAAAUCUCACCAGAAGAAGUUCGCCGUUUCGAAGAGAAGCGCCACAACCAGUUCUACCACCGGGAAAACCCAUCUUCUGACACCAAUGCAUACCGUGAGGCGCCAACACAGUUCCGCACUGUGUUUGAAAUGCCUCCCAAUGAAAAUGGCAUCAUCACACACGACGAUGGCAUUUAUGAGAUUCUCAAAGAGCCCACACUUGUCAUUGAGAGGCAGAUCGAAAUCAUGAACGUGGUGAUUGGUUUUGAACAGGCAAACAGGUACAAGAUCAUGAACUCGUUAGGUGAGCAAAUUGGGUAUAUGGAAGAAAAAGAUCUAGGAAUUAUGAAGGCCAUUGGUAGGCAGUUUUUCAGGUUACACCGGCCGUUUGACAUUGACAUUUUCAACAACUAUGGCGACUUACUCAUGACCAUAAAAAGACCCUUCUCUUUCAUUAACUCGCAUAUCAAAUGUCUCUUACCAGGCUUCAACCCCAUGGGGAAUCUUAUGUACGAGGUUGUGGGUGAGUCUGUCCAGAGCUGGCACUUGUGGCGGAGGAAAUAUAACUUGUUCAAGUUAGAGGAUGAGGAAACUGACGAAUAUGUUCAGUUUGGCGCCAUCGAUUCGCCUUUCCUUGCUUUUGACUUCCCUGUUAGAAACGAGGCUGGUGAUGUCAUUGCUUCUGUCGAUAGAAACUGGGUAGGUUUGGGCCGGGAACUUUUUACCGACAGCGGUAUUUAUAUCAUCCGCAUGGACCCGGCAAGUUUUGCAGGACUUGGUGAUUUGUAUCCAACUGUGGCCGGACCACUUACCCUUGACCAGCGUGCGGUUUUGCUUGGAAACGCUGUGAGUAUCGACUUUGACUAUUUCUCACGUCAUAGUCGCCCAGGAGGCGGGUUCUUCUCUUUUGGAUCUUACGAGUAG